AUGGCGCCCCCUAUAACAAAGUACUCAGCCCCAAAUCGGCAGAAAGAGGAGACAGCCUUGUUACCACUUCUCCGUGAAGUGAGACGUACGUGGUGCAGGAGGCGACGAGACGCCUCCCCUGGAGAGGCCCCAGAGAAGCGCGCUCCACCUGUGAGUGGGUUCUUGGCAGAAAAGAAUUCCAGCGUGAGCCAAAAGACCCUGCCUCUGCCCAGGAGAGGACCACAGAGACGGGACCCUUCCACUCUGGGUUACAGUGCUGUCACCCAUGAUCUUCUUCCCCAAAACAUGGGGUGGGGGUGGUUGAGACAAAAUGCAUUAAUAUUUCAGAACUCAGUAACCUUUGAGGACGUGAGCAUGGACUUCACUGAGGAGGAAUGGGUGUUGCUGACUUCAUCUCAGAGGAAACUGUACCGAGAUGUGAUGCUGGAGAACUAUAGAAACUUGGCUUCACUGGGGCAUCAACUCAGCAAACCCGCUUUGAUCACUGAGAUGGAGCAGGAAGAUGAAAUGGAGACAAUAGAGAGAAUUCACCACGAUACCUGUACAGAUGGGAUGAUUCUCCUGAAAACCAAACAAUUACAACAUAAACAAGAUAUUUUGGAGAAAGAAACACUCAAUGGCAAGAAUAAGGAGCAAACUCAUGAAGGCAAACUCAUUGAAAGGAAUGAAAUUGUUAAAGCCUUGAGCAAGAAAUCUAGCAUUCCUCAGAAUAAGAGAAUUCCUCGGAAUAAGAGAAUUCAUCCUGGAGAGAAACCCCAUCAAAGCCUUGACUCUGGAAAAACCCUCAGAGAUUGCUCACCUCUUAAGCCAUGUGAAAGAAUUCUUUCUGGGGAAAAGUCCCAGGAGAAUAAAAAAGAUGAAAAUGCCUUCAUCAGGAGCUCUUACUUAACCAUGAAUAAGAGACAACAUACAAAAGACAAAUCCUAUGAAUGCAGUGACUGUGGGAAAGUCUUAAGUUCAAUCUUACACCUUAAGCAGCAUGAAAAAACUCACAUUAGAAAGAAAUCUUUUGAAUGUAGUCAGUGUGGUAAAUUAUUUCAAAGCCACUCAUCCAUUAAGUUGCACAUGAGAACCCACACUGGGGAAAAACCUUUUAUGUGUAAUCAAUGCGGGAAAGCAUACAGCUCAAGUUCUUACCUUACGCGACAUAAGAGAAUUCAUACUGGGGAGAAGCCCUAUGAAUGCCGUGACUGUGGGAAAACCUUCAGAGAUAGCUCACUUCUCAAACAACAUAAAGGAGUUCACUUAAGAGAAAAACCCUACAAAUGUAAUCAAUGCAGCAAAACCUUCUCUAGGAGAUGCAGGCUUACCAUGCACAAGACAAUACAUAAUGGAGAGAAACCCUAUGAAUGCAAUGAUUGUGGGAAAGCCUUUAGUAUUCUUGCAUACCUUAAAAGACAUAAGAGAAUCCACACUAGAGAGAAAUCCUUUGAAUGUAGCCACUGUGGAAAAGUACUAGGUAGUCAAUCAUCUCUUAAGACACACGUGGGCAUACAUACUGGAGAGAAACCUUACAGAUGUGAUCAGUGUGGGAGAACUUUUAGGAUCAGCUCUAAUCUUACUGUGCACAAGAAAAUUCACACUGGAGAGAAACCAUGUAAGUGUGAUGACUGUGGGAAAUCCUUUAGGGAUCGCUCUUGCCUUAAAGAACAUGUGAGAAUUCACACUGGAGAAAAGCCCUUCAUGUGUAAUGAAUGUGGAAAAGCUUUCAGAGUAAAAUCUUCCCUCAUUUUUCACAAGAAAGUUCACAUAAGAACUCACACAGGAGAGAAGCCCUAUGAGUGUAACCAGUGUGGGAAAACCUUCAGUGUGAGGUGUAAUCUUACUGUGCACACAAGAGUACAUACAGGAGAAAAACCCUACAAAUGCAAUGUUUGUGGGCGCGCUUUCAGUAAACUCGUGUACCUCCGGUGUCAUGAGAUAACUCACAAUGGGUAA